UCCAAAAAACAUAAAACCCAAAAAAAAAAAAAAAAUGUAUGCAAUGAAAGAAGAAGAUUGUCUUCAAACAUAUCACAACUUACAAGACUACCAAGACCAGUUUCUUCUCCAUCAUCAUCACCAUCCUCAAAUCCUUCCUUGGUCUUCUUCUUCAUCUUUACCUUCUUUUGACCCGACCCAUUUCCCAUCUAACCCGACGACCCGUUAUUCUGACCCGGGCCACUACUUUAACAGAAGAGCUUCUUCUUCCUCUUCUUCCUUUGACUAUAACGAUGGUUUUGUCUCUCCUCCUCCUUCCAUGGAUCAUCAUCAGAACCAUCUGAGGAUCCUAUCCGAAGCUCUUGGACCCAUCAUGCGUCGGGGCUCGUCCUUUGGGUUCGAUGGUGAGAUCAUGGGGAAAUUGAGUGCACAAGAAGUCAUGGAUGCUAAGGCUUUAGCUGCUUCAAAGAGUCAUAGUGAAGCUGAGAGAAGAAGACGAGAGCGAAUCAACACUCAUCUUGCUAAGUUGCGUAGUAUUUUACCAAACACAACCAAAACGGACAAAGCUUCGUUGCUAGCGGAAGUGAUCCAACACAUGAAGGAGCUAAAACGACAGACAUCACUAAUCACCGACUCGUGUCAGGUCCCAACAGAGUCCGAUGAUCUGACCGUGGAUUCAUCUUACAACGACGAGGAAGGGAACUUGGUGAUAAGAGCUUCCUUUUGCUGCCAGGACAGGACUGACCUCAUGCAUGACGUCAUCAACGCCUUGAAGUCUCUUCGCCUUCGAACUCUCAAAGCUGAGAUCGCAACCGUAGGUGGUCGUGUCAAGAACGUCUUGUUCCUUAGCCGAGAUGGCGAAGAAGAGGAUCUUGAUUCAUAUGGUGAUGGCAUGGAAGGUUAUGAUGAAGGGAGGAUGAUGAGUGAUCGUGUGAGUUCGAUAGAAGAAGCGUUAAAGGCGGUUAUAGAGAAGUGUGUCCAUAAUAAUGAUGAAAGCAAUGAUAACAGUAACUUGGAGAAGUCAUCCUCAGGGAGUAUUAAGAGACAAAGAACUAGUAAGAUGGUGAAUCGAUCUUACAAUUAGUUUAGUACGUUCCUCUCCAUAUUAAUUAGAUCGUCAAGUCUUUAAUUAAUUAGGGUUAGUUAAUUAGACUUGCAAAAUGGGAUUAUGGGUUGGUGGUGGUAUUAGUAUUUAGUAUUUUAAUUUUGGGUGUUUUGUUUUUAUAAAUUUAAAUGGUUUGGGUUUCUUCUUCUAUGCUUUUUUUAAAUCUAUGAAGAACCCUUUGUUUAGGGUUUUAUAGUGAUGGAGUUUGGUUUAUAUAUUGUACUAUAAUUAAGACAUUUUAUCGUCUUGAUUAAUAUAGGAAAUGUAAAGAGUUUGGGGUUUGUAUUAAUUAAUGAAGGAUUGGAAUCAAGAAGUAA